CGGACUUGGAGUCCCAGCUCACGCAGUCUCAAGUUGAUCUGCAAGUUGCGCGCCAUCGCCAAUCUGCCCUCGCUUCUGAGCUUCGCGAAUCGACCACAUCUCUCAAAGCCGCGCAGGCCGAGGUAACUCGCCUCGAAGCCGUGAUCAAGCACAAGAACGGUCGUCUUCGUACCUUGAACGACAACUACGAGCGUCGCUUGAGAGUGGCUGAUACCACGAUCGCGACCCAUACUGCUGAGCUUGGACGCUUGCAAGACCGAGUAUCAACGUUGGAUCGGGAUCUCCAGAAGGCGUCUCAGCGCGCUCAGGCGGCAAUCUCUCAACGCGAUCAGGCUAAGGCGGCACACAUCGCUACUCAGGAUCGUGUCUCAGCUGCUCGCGAUACCAUCGCGCGGCUGGAAAAACGGAUCAACAAAGUCGAGAGGUCCCAGAAGUCGCGUCAGGAUCUCGAGUCUGCGUUCGCCAAGCUUCAGCAGGAAAGGGAUGAUCUGGCAGUACAGCGAGACGAGUUGCUCGGCCAACUUGGCGAGCGUUUCAUGGAGAUCACCGAUCUGCGUGCCGAGCGGGACCAGGCGCAGGGGAAGUUGUCCAGCAUUGCGUCCCUUCUCCCAUCCGCAACAGGCCAUAAACGGACACGCUCCGGAGCCGAGUCUCCAACCUCGUCUACCCGUGCUUCCAAGGCUGCUCGAUCGACUUCAAGCUCUUCCCAAGCUAACGCUUCCGGUCACGCUCCCGUAUCUGCAUCCCCGAUCGAACUUCUGUCUACCGCGGCUGUCGGCCAGAGGGCUACCAGGUCGAUGUCGUCUUCUUCCUCCGUUGGUCCUCCUGGUCAUCUCCACCGAUCUGUUCGAUCGGCUGCUAAGAGUGGUGGCGGAGGGGCUUCGUCGCUCCCUGUAGCUUCUGAGGCAAUCGUGCACUCUGAAAGUGACGAAAGUUCCUCCGGCGCAUCUGGUUCAACUCACAUCUUCGACUCUGACGUCGCGGGAAACGACAGUGGUUCUCCGGAGUCGAGUCGCGCCAAGAACAAAUUUGGAAUGCCAUCCUGUCCUCUGUCGGACGCUGAGCUAGCGGCUUUGCAGCCUACUACGGUCCCCCGAUCGGAGUGGAUCCCUGGUUAUCGUGAUCGUCGUAGCUUUCGCGGCCACGACAUCGUCCCCUGGUCUGCGCAAGACAUCCGCCAGAUCAGCAUCGUGGAGAUGGACGCGGACCUGCUGUUUCACCACUACACUAAGCCGAUGGAGUGGCUGAUUCCUCUCCGUGAUCCUGUGCCUCCGCUGGGAGACUGGCGAGAGGAUCUAGUGGACGAGGACAACGUGCGCGACUUGAUCAAGUCUGCUCCGUGGGAG